AUGGCAGUUGCUUGGGUUUUUAAUUGCUUGGCGUUGAGGCGACACGGGACAAUAGAUCAUACCCCAACGCAUUUUAACUGCGGUCUGACGGGGAUAUGCAUUGAUGGCGACUACGACUGGGAUACCAUAAUACGAUGUGUAUCGGUGCUGGUACAAGAAGAAUUGCGGGUGGAAAAUGGCAAAGUCACGAGGCACACUGGACCCUAA